UCGAAAUGAUGGUUCACAUCUUUCUUCUAUCUUUUAUUUUUAUUUCACCAGUAUACUGUACCAAAAACAUCCAGAGAGACCCCAACCCUAACACUUGGUCUUACGGGAAUUUCAACGAGAAACUCGAAGCCUAUCUCAAUCAAAGUAUCAUUGUGAGAAUUUCUGUGGAAGAUAUACCGUCUUGUUUGAUCGAAUGCUUAGAGAAUUCAAAAUGCCUCUCAACCAACAUGGCGGCGCAAGCAAACUCCGAAUCCAAGUAUUGGUGUGAGUUGCUUUCCACUGAUAAAUACAACGCAUCCGAAAAUUUUCAUUCCGGAAACAGGACUUCGAACCACUACAGUAUCAAGAGCAAAUGCAAUGAAAGUCCGUGCAAAAAUGGAAGAUGUAAUGCUGGUUACCAUGACGACUCGUUCAGUUGCGCUUGUCAUACAGGAUUCGCAGGAAAAACUUGCGAAGAACCUGCUCUGGGAGUGGAAGAUAGGAACAGAAUACGUGACGAACAAAUGGCUGCCUCAACACAUGCUCCUUACGCGGAUGCCCAUCAGGCCAGACUGAACAAUGUCCAUGUUAACGGUCACCAUUACAGCAGCUGGAUCGCUCAAACUCAUGACACCAACCAAUGGCUGAAGAUCGACCUCGUUAACGUUACCAAGGUGGCUUGUGUAGCUACACAAGGGAGCCAGGAAUUCCAGGACUGGGUUACAGGAUACACCAUCGGCUAUAGCAUGGAUGGUACUGCCUGGACAGUAUACCAGGAGGAAGGUGUUGAUAAGAUCUUUAAUGGCAACAAUGACAAUAACACAGUGAAGACAAAUUGCUUGAAAAGGGCUGUCCUCAUGCGAUACAUCAAGAUCAUGGUAGCUUCUUUCCACAAUAAGAUUGCGCUGAGAGUGGAGCUAUAUGGAAAAGUUCAAGACUAAAGUAAAGAUUUAAGAAUUCAGCUCAGCUUUCUUGCCCAAAAUACAAAAUUAAGAAUAAGGCUCCACAUUUAAAUAUUCACUGGUUAAUAUAUUGCAUUUUAGUAUGAAUCCACUCACAUACUAUCACGAAUCUCGCAAUUUGAUUGGCUCCCGUACUCACUAUCUAUUAAGCCAAAGAGAGUGAGUAGCGAAAAAGCCACUUGAAGCGAAGGAGACGAAAAACCUUGAUUCAAAUUCGAGAAAUUUGGUUCACAAUCUUUUUUAGUAAAUGUAUUUUCCAUUGUUAAAUAUUGUACUAGCUUCCACAAGCUAUACUGUUGCACUUGAUUUAGAGCUCUAAAUCAAAUGCCUCCGAGUAGGAACUGAUAAUAAGCAGAGUUUACUGUGUCCCCAGUGGUUCUUUUAAGUCUCUUAGAUUCAGGUUAGCGAAGUGCUGCUUAAAGAGAUGGAAUUCCCAGUUUAAUGUCCUUAUCCGAGAAGACUUGAAACAGAGGAGAAAUAUCUUCUCACUUCAUUUUAGCAAGACAGCUGUCCAGAAAUAUCGGUCACUCAAGGUGCAAGGAGCAAGGUGUUCCAUGUACCACCUUCAACAAAAUAAAACUUUUUUUGCCUUUAUGAUAGCAUUUUUUUUUUGUUCUUUUUGGGGUAAUUAACUUUUCUGAAAAUGCAGAAAAUGGCAUUUAUAGAGCUUGAAAUUUCAAAUUUUCUUGGGGGAGCAUGCCCCCAAACACCCCUAUUGUUGGUGUUUUGGUAGAAACUACUCACUCAAAAACCUGGAUCCACCCCUAAAACAUGUUUUAUUUUGCACUUUAAUUCAGUGGCCUUGGUCAUCAUUUUAUUGUUUUAGUGUGUUAUUUAUCAUCUCUGAAAGAAUCUGUUUAUAGAAGUAUUCUUCGGUGAAAGUUUUACUUGUUAAUGGAAUUGAAGGUUGGUUUAGAAAGGUUAUUUGUAAAGCAUACUUCAAACAUUUCCUGGUGGCCACUGCUUAUAGAGGUUCCAAAUAAGCAUAAGCAUUAGAAGGUUAGUGAGAACCCAAUCCUGACAUGAUGGCCUAAUGCCUGGUUUAUACACUGGUAUAAUAAAAUAAUGUAACCUGUAACCGUGAGCAAGAAAAAAACUUUUCAGCAGAUGUCAGCGAAUGCUCUGAACAGCGAGAGAGAUAAAGUUUUGUUUGUUGUUGUUGUUUUGCAUUCAAACUGUCCGCAUUUUGUUUUGGCAUCUUCGAAUUUACAAUUUAAAUUAUUUUACGUUUGAAAAAAAAAAGAUCGUAAUUGUCAUUAUUUAAAAAAAAUGAAAACUUCUUUAAUCUUUAUUACAUUGGUGAAGGUUAUUCAGACUAGGACCAUGAUGCAGUUUACAAGAAGGUGGGAGCUACUUAUUGAUAUGCAUGAUGCUAUGUUUACAAACCUAAUGCAUGUUUAUGUACUUAUAUACUAGGGGUUAUAAAUAAAGGUGAUUUGGGUGU